AUGGCCAACGCUCCCCACGGUGGUGUCCUCAAGGACCUUCUUGUCAGAGAUGCUCCCCUCCAGUCCCAGCUCACAGAGGAGUCCCGAUCCCUCAAGGACAUCUUCCUUACAGAGCGUCAAUUGUGUGACCUCGAGCUCAUCAUGAACGGUGGUUUCUCUCCCCUCGAGGGCUUCAUGAACGAGGCCGACUACACCUCCGUCCGUGACACGCUUCGACUUGCCAAGGUCGCCGGCCAGCGACAGGGCCACCUUUUCUCCAUGCCCAUCACCCUCGACGUCUCUCAGGAGGACAUUGAGCGACUUUCCUUGCAGGCUGGUGCCCGAGUUGCUCUCCGUGACCCCCGAGACGACUCUGCUCUUGCUAUCCUCACUGUCUCCGACAUCUACAAGCCCAACAAGGCUCUCGAGGCCGAGCAGGUUUGCGGUGCUGACGACAUUGCCCACCCCGCCGUUGCCUACCUUCGAAACACCGUCAAGGAGUUCUACGUCGGUGGUGCCGUCCAGGCCAUCAAGGCCCCUACCCACUUCGACUACGUUCCCCUCCGAUACACCCCCACCGAGCUCCGAGCCCACUUCCACAAGCUCGCCUGGCGAAAGGUGGUCGCUUUCCAGACCCGAAACCCCAUGCACCGAGCCCACCGAGAGCUCACCGUCCGAGCUGCCCGUCAACGCCGUGCCAACGUCCUCAUCCACCCCGUUGUUGGCUUGACCAAGCCCGGAGAUGUCGACCACUACACCCGAGUCAGGGCUUACCAAGCCCUUAUGCCUUCUUACCCCGAGGGUAUGGCCCACCUCGCGCUCUUGCCCCUCGCUAUGCGAAUGGCCGGUCCUCGAGAGGCUGUCUGGCACGCCAUCAUCCGAAAGAACUUUGGUGCCACCCACUUCAUUGUUGGCCGUGACCACGCCGGUCCCGGUAAGAACUCUCAGGGCCAAGACUUCUACGGCCCCUACGAUGCUCAGGAGCUCGUUACACAGUUCAAGGACGAGCUUUCCAUCGAGAUGGUUCCUUUCCAGGCUAUGACCUACCUCCCCGGUUCCGACGAGUACCAGCCCGUCGACGAGGUCCCCAAGGGUACCCCCACCGCCGACAUCUCUGGUACCGAGCUCCGAAAGCGUCUCCGUACCGGUGCUUCCAUCCCCGACUGGUUCUCCUACAACGGCGUCGUCAAGGUCCUCCGAGACUCUUACCCUCCCCGUCCCCAGCAGGGUUUCACCAUCCUCAUCUCUGGCUUGCACAACUCUGGUAAAGACACCAUCGCCCGUGCUCUCCAGGUGACCUUGCAACAACAAGGUUCUCGAUCCGUCUCUUUGCUCUUGGGCGAAGAGCUCCGAUCCGACCUGGACCCCCACAUCUCCCGAGCCGUCACCCCCGAGCAGAAGCACAUCAACCUCCAGCGUAUCGGUUUCGUCGCCUCCGAGCUUUCCAAGGCCGGUGCCGCCGUCAUCGCCGCCCCCGUCGCUCCUUACGAAAGGUCUCGACAGGCCAUCCAGAAGACCGUCGUCGGCUCCGGCGGUGGCAACUUCUUCUUGGUGCACGUUGCUACGCCUUUGGAGUGGUGUGAGAAGGUUGACAGGAGGGGAUUGUACAAGAGGGCUAGGGCGGGAGAGAUCAAGAACUUGACUGGUGUUGAUGAUGUGUACGAGGACCCCGAGAACGCCGACUUGGUCUGCGACUUGAGGAACGACACUGUCCCCGAGAUCGUCCACUCCAUCAUCAUGCUCCUCGAAGGCCAGAACCUCAUCUAA